AUCGUUUAUAAAUUAGGAACCUGCUUCCUCAAGGAAAACAGAAAAGGAUAUAUUUACUUCCAUGGCAAAAGUGUCUGAUCCUCUUGUUGUUGGAAGAGUCAUUGGAGAGGUUGUUGAUUAUUUCUCCCCCUGUGUUAAAAUGACUGUGACGUACAACUCCAGCAAGAAGGUGUAUAAUGGCCAUGAGCUAUUUCCUUCCACGGUAACCAUCAAACCUAAGGUUGAAGUUCAUGGAGGCGAUCUGAGAUCUUUCUUUACACUGGUCAUGACUGACCCAGAUGUUCCAGGUCCUAGUGAUCCAUAUCUGAAGGAGCACUUGCACUGGAUGGUCACUGACAUCCCCGGAACAACUGACAACACAUUUGGAAGGGAGGUGGUGAAAUAUGAAAUGCCGAGGCCAAACAUAGGGAUCCACCGGUUUGUGUUCCUUCUGUUCAAGCAGAAAGGUAGGCAGACAGUAAUUCCUCCUCCGUCAAAGGACCACUUCGACAGUCGAAAGUUUGCAGAAGCAAACGAGUUCGGGCUUCCGGUGGCUGCUGUUUUCUUCAACGCCCAGAGGGAAACUGCUGCAAGAAGACGGUAAUUUACUUGGUAAACGACCAAGUGAUGCUCCUGGUCUAUUAUUGGAAACACUUGUACGUGCCCAGUUUUAAUCAGAAUAAAGAACUGAAUAAAUGAAUUUCAUAGAUCAUGCAUCUGCAUGCUGUGAGAAUCAAAUAUAUAACUGAUUAACUGGUACAUGUAAUCGUUUUUAUCUAUUUAUUUACGUCUAAUCGUUCCUAAAGUAUGGAUGUGCAAGAUAUGUUAGAUUAUUAUGGCUGUGUAAGCCU